CAACAAUCUCUAAACGAUCCACUCUCCCACUUCUCCGUUCACCUCACAGUCCACCCAGACGUCCCGCUCAUGUCUGCCAUGGGAGACUCGCAGACGAGAGAAAAGGCGCUCCCUCCUCCAGGAGCGGAGGUCAUAGCGCUGGACGACUCCGAUGUCGACUCGGAGAUCGAGUUCUUCACCGCCAAGCCGAUACGGCGGACAGCCAAGAAGCGGCAGGCUCCAAGUAGAGUCGAGUCCACCCCGACUAAACACCGCGCGCCAUCAUACGACAUACCCUCUGACUCCGAGGACGACAGUGAGGCGGAGAGACGGCGGAAGCGGCGCCGGGCGCAGGCACGCACGAAACAACCUUCUCUUCCAGACUGGACGCGGUCUCGAGCCAGCCAGGAGCCCAGGCGUGGGAGUACCGUGGAAUCCUCUGUGGCAAUAUCUGUCAUUUCUGACGAUGAGGCCACGCAAAACCCAUAUCGAGGCAAAGGGCGCGCGAGAGAGACUGGGAAACGGCGGAUGCGGAUCGAACUAACCCCGCCUCCCGCGCUUGCUGAGGAGGACCGGGCCACCAUCGAACAGGAGAACCAACGCUAUUUCCAGGGAAUAGGCAUCGGACUCGAUGAUGCGAAUGAUGCGAAUGACGCGAUCGAAGUUGGCUCAUCGUCUCCCGCACGAGAUCGCAGCGGACCGCAGGUCCAGAUCACGGUGCGCAUGGUUGCAGACCCCGACAAGCGCCAGGCCGGCCGCGAGCAGGCUGUGGCGGCGUAUGAGAAGCAGCGCACUUUCCAUCUCUUCCAGAAUGACCCAUUAUCGAUUCUUGUGCAGGCACUCGCGUCUCGCGUCCAGGUUCCGGCGGACCAGCUCGUCUUAGUGCACGAAGGCCAACGCAUCUUCUCGCCAGACAAAACGCCAAAGCAGCUUGGCAUCUCCUUCACUGGCGAGCUCAAGGGCUAUGAGCUGUCGGUGUACGAGAAGAUCCAAAAAGCUGAGCGCCGCGCGCGACUGGCCCUGUUUGACAGCGAACCGCGCCAAGGCUCUGAUGACAAGGAAAGGUCGUCCGCGAGGUCGCCUUCGCCACUGCGCGUGCCUUCACCACCAGCCGUGCAAAAGGUGAAGCUCCAUCUGCGUGGUCCCAAGGGCGAGCUUCAUUUCACGGCUGCUCCUACCACCCUCGUCUCCACGAUUCUCAGGUACUACUGCAACAAGCAGGGAGUGGAUCCCUCCGAGGUGGAGCGGUAUAGACUCGAGUUCGACGGCGAGCAUUUUGAAGGCGACGCAACGGUCGGGGACAUGGAGUUGGAGAGUGGAGACCUUAUCGACGUGUCGUAUCGGUAGCGCUCGGGCGCAGCAAGCAACCCGGGAGGAGGCAUAUCCUGUGGCGCAAGUCGAUGUGGAAGCUCGGACGCGCAUCAGUCGAAUGAGUUUAGUUAGUGUCAAUACUACGUGUUGUCUGUAUGUCGUGGCAUUGCUUCUACAUCAGUCAUUCGUCUGAC